AUGUCUCCGUCUAUACUCGUGAUGAACGACGGGAACAACGUCGUCAACGUCGACAAACCGAUCCCUGUGCGCGAUGACGCCGCCAAAUCCAGCAAGUCGGCCGUCAUGCACCGUUCGCUGCUCGAGGACCCGUUACGAGUCGUCGCAGCUCAAGGCAACUACCUCCACCUCAACAACGGACAGAAGAUCUUCGACGCAACGGGAGGUGCUGCCGUGGCAUGUCUUGGUCACGGAGACAUUCGGUACGUCCUGCGAAUCUCGCGCAUCCAACAGUAUAUUGACCGGGAAGCAGAGUUCAAGAUGCAAUCAUCGAACAGAUGAACGAAGUAUCGUACUGCCACUCCCUCUUCUACGGCACUCGAGCAGCCGAAGAGCUCGCCUCGCUACUCGUCGACAGCACGAACGGCGAGAUGUCUCGAGCCUUCUUCGUCAGCAGCGGCAGUGAAGCCAUGGAGGCCGCUCUCAAGAUGGCUCGCCAGUACCAUCUCGAGAAGCCGAACCCGGAGCCGCAGAGAGCACAUUUCAUUUCCCGAGACCAGAGCUACCACGGCACCACGCUCGGUGCACUGGCAGCCGGCGGUCAUGUUGCCCGUCGGGCCAUUUUCGAGCCUAUUCUCAGCAUCAACACUAGCCGGGUGAGCCCUUGCUGCGCCUACAGGGGCAUCGGACACAAGAUCGAUAGCGAGAGGGCGUACGUAGCGAAGCUGGAGGCCGAGCUCGAUGCUGAGUUCAAGAAAGUUGGUCCCCAGAAUGUGGCUGCGUUCAUUGCGGAGCCUGUGGUUGGUACGUCGACCGUUGUCCCAAGCAUCGUCAUGGAACGUCUGUCACUCACCGACGCGAAAUCUAGGCGCUGCGCUGGGAUGUGUCCCUCCUUCACCAGGCUACUUCAAAGCCGUACGAAGAAUAUGCGAUAAGUAUGGUGCGCUCCUCAUCUUCGACGAAAUCAUGUCCGGCGCCGGCCGUAUCGGACCCGAGCCCUCUGAACGUUUCCCCAAACCCCUCCACGCAUGGCAAGAUCCUCUUAUCGGAGUUGUAAGUCCCUAGUGAGCCUCUCGUCGACAAUCUCGGAACAUCACUGACAUGGCCUUUCCUUCCCUCUCUAGGUACCAGACCUCAUGACAAUGGGCAAAGCCCUUGGAGGCGGCUACAUGCCCAUUGCCGCUCUCCUCGCCAGCAGACAAGUAGUCACAACCCUCCAACAAGGCACCGGUGCUUUCUCCCACGGACAGACCUAUCAAGGCCACCCGCUCGCCUGUCGCGCCGCUCUUUCGGUCCAAAUGAUCAUCAAACAAGACGACCUCAUCUCCAAUGUUCGCAAACAGGGUACCCUCCUAGGCCGGCUCCUGAAAGAAAAACUCGCUUCGCAUCCCGCGGUAGGCGAUAUUCGAGGCAAGGGCUUAUUCUGGGGCAUCGAAUUCGUCAAAACAAAGGGAACCAAAGAACCUUUCGAUCCGUCUCUAGGAGUUGCGAUGGGCAUGCAUGAAUUGGGUGAGAAGUUACCUUCUAUAUUCCUCUUGAAUGUCAACGCUCCUUGCUGACCUCUCGUGGCAACAGGCAUGCAGAAACCCUACAGCAUUUCCCUCUACCCCGGAACGGGCAGCGCAGACGGUCGAAGAGGUGAUCACAUCCUCCUUGCACCCGCAUACAACAUCACGUCCGAGGAGAUUCGCCAAAUCGCUGAUACGGUCAACGCGGUCGUGCGACAGUAUUUCGCCCGACAAUGCAAGGAAAGUCUCGCUGUCAAGGCUGGCGAUGAACAGCCUAGGCUCAAACGAUGA